UUUCCCAAAUUCAUUCCUCCAGGAAUUCGCUUUCUCCGAAUUCCCCUCAUCGAAUUCGCUCCAAGUUUCCCUGCGUGCUUUUCACUCCUAGCACCUGGUUUCGCGGCGAGGACGUUUUUCCACAAUGUCGCCCCGCGUGCUUCUUCUGGCGAUGUUGAUUGUUUCGGCCGCGCUUGUCGCGCGCCCUGCAUUGGCGCAUCGCAGCUUCGGCGUCCUGGCUCAGAACGGCCGGCGCGAGGAGGCUCGAGUGCUGAGUGACUCUGGGAGCAGCGACUACUUCAAAAGCACCGACGACAGCACCGACGACAGCAGCCACGACAGUUCGUCGCAUGACGACGGCAGCAACUACAGCUCGUCGCACGACGACAGCAGCCAUGACGACAGUAACAGCGGCUCGGACGACAAUGGCAGCAGCGACGACUCGUCGCACGACAACAGCGGUUUGGAUGACAGCAGCAGCAGCGACUCGUCGUCGUCGGACGACAGCAGCAGCAACGACUCGUCGUCGUCGGACGACAGCAGCAGCAACGACUCGUCGUCGUCGGACGACAGCAGCAGCAACGACUCGUCGUCGUCGGACGACAACAGUGGCAGUGACGACAGCAGCCACGACGACAGCAGCAGCGACGACUCGUCGUCGUCGGAUGACAGCAGCAGCGACAGCAGCAGCAGCAGCAGCGAUGAUAGCAGCGACAGCAGCAGCAGCAGCAGCAGCGACGAUAGCAGCGGCAGCAGCGACAGCAGCCACGACGACAACUACACCAGCAGCAGCGGCGGCAGCAGCAGCGACGACAGCUACGAGCACGGCCGCGGCCUGUCGUACAACUACUACGCGUCGUCGUGCCCCAAGGCGGCGGAGAUCGUCGCGGCGCGCGUGUACCAGGCGUACAAGAACGACCCCGCCGUGCCCGCGCCGCUGCUGCGCCUCCACUUCCACGACUGCUUCGUCCAGGGCUGCGACGCGUCGGUCCUCCUGGACUCGACGGACGACAACAAGGCGGAGAAGGACGCGGACCCCAACGCCACCCUCGGCGCAUUCGACGUGGUGGAUGAUAUCAAGGAGCACCUCGAGGCGGAGUGCCCCGGCACCGUGUCCUGCGCCGACAUUCUCGCUCUCGCGGCUCGCGAGGGCAUUCACUUGGCUGGCGGUCCGUUCACGGAGGUGCCUCUGGGGCGUCGCGACGGGCUGACGUCAUUCGCACUCGCGGCGGAGACCUUCCUCCCGGGCUCCACGCUCAACGUCUCGGGGCUCACGCACAACUUUGCUACAGUCGGCCUCGAUAUGACCGACGUUGUGACUCUUAGCGGAGCGCACACUAUCGGGGAGGGCCGCUGCGUGAGUCUUAAGAACCGCCUGGAGCAGAACGACCCCACCAUGGACCCGGAAUUCGCGGCGUACGUGAAGCAGAAGUGCGGCACGAGCAACAUCGACCCCAAGAAGUUGAUCCCCAACGACUACGUUUCGCCCCAUAAAUUCGACAACCAGUACUACAAGAACGUUCUUGCGCACAAGGGUCUCUUCACCACGGACCAGGCUCUCAUUUAUGACGACAAGACGGACCGCGCCGUGAAGGCGUUCGCGCACGCCAAGAGCACGUGGUUCGACGCGUUCAGCAAGUCGCUCGUGAAGAUGGGCGCGAUCUCGCCGCUCACUGGCACCCAGGGCGAGAUCCGCCUCAGCUGCCACGUGCGCAACAGCUAGAUGCGCAGUGGGGUGUGCGCGGGCUGCGACGUGCGCAACAGCUAGACGCGCAGUGGGGUGUAAGAGGGGAGCUUGUAACGCGCAUUGCGGCUUUGUGUGGAGGAAUCUUGAAGGAGGGCGGGCUAGAGAAAAUCAGAGGCAGAAGUGGAGGUGUUGAUGGUUGUUGUCUUGUCAGGGAUGCUGGCUCGUCGGACUGCAUAAACUAUGUGGUUGUGGGAAUGGUGUCGGAAUGGUGGUUGUAUCGCUUGAGCUGGAAAUAAAGCGUGGUACUCUUUGGUU